GAGCGCUCGGAACCUGGGCCAGCAGAGGGGGCGCCCCGCCGCUGCCUGCACCGCCGCCUCCGCCGCGCUCGGGGGCCCCGGGAGGAGCGAGGGCGAGUCGGAGAGUCCGGGAGCCGAGCCCGGCGAGACCCAGCUGCGGGAGGGCGCCCGCCCCACUCAGCCGCCUCCUGCGCCCGAGCCGGGGAGCGCCGGCCGACAGCCCCGCGGGCCGGAGAGCUGGGAGCACAGGUCCCCGGAGCCCCAGGGAUGGUCUAGGAGUCGGCGCGAGGCUCGCUGCUCUGCUCCCUGCCGGGGCUCGCCGCCUCCUGCCGAUCGCCCAGGGCUGCGAGCCGCGGCGGCCGGGGGCUGCGAGCCGGGGCGGCCCAGGCCGGAGAAGUUAGUUGUGCGCGCAGCUUAGUGCGCGGAGCAAGCGAGCGAGCGAAGGAGCAGCGAAGCGCCGGGGCCAUGGGCUGGGGGAGCCGCUGCUGCUGCCCGGGACGGCUGGACUUGCUGUGCGUGCUGGCGCUGCUUGGGGGCUGCCUGCUCCCCGUGUGCCGGACGCGCGUCUACACCAACCACUGGGCAGUCAAAAUCGCCGGCGGCUUCCCGGAGGCCAGCCGCAUAGCCAGCAAGUACGGAUUCAUCAACCUAGGACAGAUCGGGGCCCUGAAGGAUUACUACCACUUCUAUCACAGCAGGACGAUUAAAAGGUCAGUUCUCUCAAGCAGAGGAACGCACAGUUUCAUUUCAAUGGAACCAAAGGUGGAGUGGAUCCAACAACAAGUGGUAAAAAAACGGACCAAGAGGGAUUAUGACUUUAGCCGCGCCCAGUCCACUUACUUCAAUGAUCCCAAGUGGCCAAGCAUGUGGUAUAUGCACUGCAGUGACAACACACAUCCCUGCCAGUCAGACAUGAAUAUCGAAGGAGCCUGGAAGAGAGGCUACACGGGAAAGAACAUCGUGGUCACCAUCCUGGAUGAUGGCAUUGAGAGGACCCAUCCAGACCUGAUGCAGAACUAUGAUGCUCUGGCGAGUUGUGACGUGAAUGGGAACGACUUAGACCCCAUGCCUCGUUAUGACGCGAGCAACGAGAACAAGCACGGGACCCGCUGCGCUGGAGAAGUGGCCGCCGCAGCAAACAACUCUCACUGCACAGUUGGCAUUGCUUUCAACGCCAGGAUCGGAGGAGUUCGAAUGCUGGAUGGAGACGUCACGGAUAUGGUUGAAGCAAAAUCAGUUAGCUUCAAUCCUCAGCAUGUGCACAUUUACAGUGCGAGCUGGGGCCCGGAUGACGAUGGCAAGACUGUGGAUGGACCAGCUCCACUCACCCGGCAAGCGUUUGAAAACGGUGUUAGAAUGGGGCGGAGAGGCCUUGGCUCUGUUUUUGUCUGGGCAUCAGGAAAUGGUGGGAGGAGCAAAGACCACUGCUCCUGUGAUGGCUACACCAACAGCAUCUACACCAUCUCCAUCAGCAGCACAGCUGAAAGCGGAAAGAAGCCUUGGUACCUGGAAGAGUGUUCGUCCACGCUGGCCACAACCUACAGCAGCGGAGAGUCCUAUGAUAAGAAAAUAAUCACUACGGAUCUGAGGCAGCGUUGCACGGAUAACCACACCGGGACUUCGGCCUCAGCCCCCAUGGCUGCAGGAAUCAUUGCACUGGCCCUGGAAGCCAAUCCGUUUCUGACCUGGAGAGACGUGCAGCAUGUUAUUGUAAGGACUUCCCGUGCAGGACAUUUGAACGCUAAUGACUGGAAAACCAAUGCUGCUGGUUUUAAGGUGAGCCAUCUCUAUGGAUUUGGACUGAUGGAUGCGGAAGCCAUGGUGAUGGAGGCGGAAAAGUGGACCACUGUUCCCCAGCAGCACGUUUGUGUGGAGAGCACAGACCGACAAAUCAAGACAGUUCGGCCCAACAGUGCGGUGCGCUCCGUCUACAAAGCAUCGGGCUGCUCCGACAAUCCCAACCACCACGUCAGCUACCUGGAGCACGUAGUUGUACGCAUCACCAUCACCCACCCCAGGAGGGGAGACCUGGCCAUCUACCUGACCUCGCCCUCAGGAACCAGGUCCCAGCUUUUGGCCAACAGGCUUUUUGAUCAUUCCAUGGAAGGAUUUAAAAAUUGGGAGUUCAUGACCAUUCAUUGCUGGGGAGAACGAGCCGCUGGUGACUGGAUCCUGGAAGUUUAUGAUACUCCCUCUCAGCUGAGGAACUUCAAGACUCCAGGUAAAUUGAAAGAAUGGUCUUUGGUCCUCUAUGGCACCUCCGUGCAGCCAUACUCACCCACCAACGAGUUUCCUAAAGUGGAACGUGUCCGGUAUAGCCGUGUUGAAGAUCCCACUGAUGACUAUGGGACAGAGGAUUAUGCAGGUCCCUGUGACCCUGAGUGCAGUGAGGUAGGCUGUGAUGGGCCAGGACCGGACCACUGCAAUGACUGUUUACACUACUACUACAAGCUGAAAAACAAUACCAGGAUCUGUGUCUCCAGCUGCCCCUCUGGCCACUACCAUGCUGACAAGAAGCGAUGCAGAAAGUGUGCCCCCAACUGCGAGUCCUGCUUUGGGAGCCACGGGGACCAGUGCCUGUCCUGUAAAUAUGGAUACUUCCUGAAUGAGGAAACGAACAGUUGUGUCACUCACUGCCCUGACGGAUCGUAUCAGGACACCAAGAAAAAUCUUUGCCGGAAAUGCAGUGAAAACUGCAAGACAUGUACUGAAUCUGACAACUGUACAGAAUGUAGGGAGGGGUCAAGCCUGCAGGGAUCCCGGUGUGCCGUUGCCUGUGAGGAUGGACGGUACUUCAACGGCCAAGACUGCCAACCCUGCCACCGCUUCUGCGCCACCUGUGCUGGAGCAGGUGCUGGUGGGUGUAUUAACUGCACAGAGGGCUACUUCAUGGAGGAUGGGAGGUGCGUGCAGAGCUGUAGUAUCAGCCAUUACUUCGACCACUCUUCAGAAAAUGGAUACAAAUCCUGCAAAAAAUGUGACACCAGCUGUUUGACAUGCAACGGUCCGGGGUUCAAGAACUGUACGAGCUGCCCCAGUGGGUAUCUCUUAGACUUAGGAAUGUGUCAAAUGGGAGCCAUCUGCAAGGACGGAGAAUACAUCGACGAGCACGGCCUCUGCCAGAUCUGUGAAGCCUUGUGUGCCAAGUGCCGGGGGCCAACCCAGGAAGACUGCACUGGCUGCCCCGGUACAAGGAUUUUUGAUGAUGGUCGCUGCGUUUUGAACUGUCCCUCGGGCAAAUUUGAAUUUAAGAACCAAUGCCAUCCAUGCCACUUCACCUGCCAAGAAUGCCAAGGAGAUGAGCCCUCCAACUGCACCUCCUGUGGAGUAGAUAAGCAUGGCCAAGAGCGGUUCCUAUACUGGGGAGAGUGCCUGGAGAGCUGUCCCACAGGCCACUACCCUGACAAGGGCCGCACCUGCCAGCCUUGCCCGGACAACUGUGAGCUUUGCCACAGCGCACACGUCUGCACACGAUGCGGGCGUGGCUACUUCCUGGUGCCCUCCAACCGCACCUGCCGGAAGUUAGAGUGUGGACAAGGUGAAGUCCAAGACCCAGACUACGAAGAAUGCAUGCCUUGUGAAGAAGGGUGUCUGGGAUGCAGUUUAGAUGAUCCAGGAACCUGCACAUCAUGCGCUAUGGGGUAUUACAUGUUCAAACACCAGUGUUAUAAAACCUGUCCUGAGAAGACCUACAGGGAAGAAUCUGAAUGCAAAGCAUGUGAUACCAACUGUGGCAACUGUGACCAGAAUGAAUGCUACUGGUGUGAAGAGGGCUUCUUCCUCUUGGGCGGCAGCUGUGUGAGGAACUGUGGCCCUGGCUUCUACGGUGACCCAGAGAUGGGAGAAUGUGAGCCCUGCCACCGAGCCUGCGAAACCUGCACCGGUGUUGGCCACAACCAGUGUAGCAGCUGCGGAGAAGGGUUGCAGCUGCUGCAUGGGACGUGUGUGCAUCCGGCCCAGACCCAGGUGGAAGGCAGAUUCUGGAAUGAACCUGUGCCCACUGCAAGCCCAUCUUUGGUGAAGAGCCCGCUGCAGGAGCGACGAAGGUGGAAGUUUCAAAUCAAAAGAGACCUCUUGGGAAGAUACCAGCCUUGUCAUCCUUCUUGCAAAACCUGCCAUGGAUCUGCAACCCUGUGCACUUCAUGUCCGAAAGGCACAUAUCUGUUGGCUCAGACCUGCGUCCCAUCCUGUCCCCAAGGCAUGUGGCCCUCAGUGAGGAGUGACAGCUGCGAGAACUGUACAGAGGACUGUGCCUCUUGCUCUGAAGCCAAUCUUUGCAAAAAGUGCCAAACGCAGCCAGACCACCCCCUCUUCCUCCACCAAGGCAGGUGCUUCACCAGGUGCCCUGAGGGCUUCUAUGGAGAAGAUGGCACUUGUGAACGCUGUAGCCCUUCCUGCAGAACAUGUGAAGGGAAUGCCACCAACUGCCACUCGUGUGAAAGAGGCCUCAUCCUGGACCAGGGGGUGUGCCGGGAAACCUGCCCCGAGAGGCAUGUGGCCGUGGAGGGGAUGUGCAAGCACUGCCCAGAGAUGUGUCAGGACUGCAUCCAUGAGAAAACAUGCAAAGAGUGCAUGCCUCAGUCCUUCCUGUACAAGGAUACGUGCCACCAGUCCUGUCCCAGCCACUUCUACGCAGAUGCGCGCCACUGUGUUCCCUGCCAUGAAGACUGUCUGGAGUGCAGUGGCCCCUCAAUGGAUGACUGUGACCUCUGUGCUGAGGCGUCCUUGGUUCUCUACGAUGGGCAGUGUUUGGAGGAGUGUCCAGAAGGAACUUACUUUGAAAAAGAGAUGAAGGUUUGCAAAGACUGCCACAAGUCCUGCCGGACCUGCUCGUCCUCGGGGACCUGCACGACGUGUCAAGAAGGCCUGAGGGUGAACAACCACGGAGGCUGUGUGCCUCACACUGAAUGCGCCGCCCUGGAGUACUGGGAUGAGGAGGCCCUGACCUGCCAGGCCUGUCAUGCCAAGUGCUUCCACUGCACGGGACCCUCGGAGGACCAGUGUCACAGCUGCCUGCGGGACAGACUCCUUCUCAACACGACCUGCGUGCAGGACUGCCCCGAGGGCUACUAUGCUGAUGAGGACAGCCACCGGUGUGCCCCCUGCCACAGCUCUUGUAGGACAUGUGAAGGGAGACACAGCAUGCAAUGCCUCUCCUGCCAGCCAGGGUGGUUCCAGCUGGGAAAGGAGUGUCUGCCCCACUGCAGAGAAGGGUAUUACGCAGAAAACUCCACGGGGCGGUGCAAGGGGUGCAGCAGGAGCUGCAAGGCCUGCAGUGGCCCGCGGCCCACAGACUGCCUGUCCUGCGAUCCAUUCUUCUUUCUGCUCCACUCCAAGGGACAGUGUCAUCGUACCUGCCCAGAGCAUUACUACGCAGAGCAAAGCACACAGACCUGUGAGAGAUGCCACCCAACUUGCGACAAAUGCAAAGGAAAAGGAGCAUUGACUUGCUUAUCCUGUGUGUGGAGUUACCACCUGGUGGGAGGAAUCUGCACCUCUGACUGUCUCGUGGGAGAGUACAGAGUGGGAGAGGGGGAGAAAUUUAACUGUGAAAAAUGCCAUGAGAGCUGCGUAGAAUGCAAAGGACCUGGCACCAAGAACUGUACUGUGUGUCCUGCCAACCUGGUGCUGCACAUGGAUGACAGCCGCUGCCUGCACUGCUGCAACACCUCCGAUCCCACCGAUGCCCAGGAGUGCUGUGACUGCCAUGACACCACAGAUGAGUGUAUCCUUCGAGCAAGUGAAGUUGAACCUGCAGGUGAGCGUUCCAAGACAGCCCUGUUCAUCACCUCCUCCGUUAUGCUGGUGCUUCUGCUAGGGGCAGCUGUGAUCAUCUGGAGGAAAUCUCGGGGCAGAGUCAGGCCCACAGAAAAGGCCGGCUAUGCAAAGCUGGCUGACCCUAGCAAGUCUUACUCCUCCUAUAAGAGCAGUCAUCAUGAGAGCACCAGCUUUGAAGAGGACCAGGUGAUUGAGUACAGGGACCGGGACGAAGAUGAGGAUGAUGAGGAUGACAUUGUCUACAUGGGCCAAGAUGGCACCGUCUACCGGAAAUUUAGGUAUGGGCUGCUGGAUGACGAUGAUGAAGAUGAACUGGAAUAUGAUGAUGAGAGCUACUCCUACCAGCAAACAGAGGUCACCUCCACCCCCAGCCCAUUCAACUCACAGGCAUGCAUGUGAGCAUUACAGUGUUGGAUUUUAUCCCGACACACCAGGGUGACGUGCGGGUGUUUGUGUUUGUCUUUUUAACCACGAGUCCAACUAGAUUGUGUAAGAAUGCUGAAAUAUUUUGUUCUUCUUUUGGAUGGCUAAACUCAAUUAACCAUAAUAGUUCAACCAUAAUUGAGGAACAAGGAUAAAAUACAGAAUGAUUUUCCUCAAAACAAUAUGUCAAGACACAAAACACAGGAUGUAAAAAAAGU